UCCUGAGAGACCCGCUUGGCCACACUCACGGAGACGGCUUGCACUCCUGGCAGAAGAACCCCCAGGGCGCGAUGAUGGCACACCCCAAGCUCCUGCUCCUGCUCCUGCUCCUCUUUGCGGCCAGGACGGGCCUAAGCCUCAAGCUGUACCAGGCCGAGUCCAUCUUCAGCUGCCUCAACGCCGCCCUCUCCGAGGCCAAGAAGGGCUCCGCUGAGGAGAACUCCCUCCUGGAGAAGAGGAGCUUCAAGUUCUCGCCGGGCGAGGACGCCUCCUCGGAGGACAACGACGAGGAGGCCGAGGAGGAGGAGGACAAAGAGAAACGGACGUUCCCGGCCGUCACCCGCUACAAAUACCUGGCCCAGGCCCAGGGGAAGGGCAAGGUGUACCAAGGGCAGGCCAAGAGCGACCGGCGCACCAAAUUCACCCUCUCCCUCGACGUCCCCACCAACAUCAUGAACAUCCUCUUUGACAUCGCCAAGGCCAAGAACCUGAGGGCCAAGGCGGCCGCCAACGCCCACCUCAUGGCCCAGAUCGGCCGGAGGAAGUGA